CUCCUAGUUUAUGUGUUAAAUAAUUAAAAGAACUAACAUGGAAAUACCUUGUGAUAUGUUACUGCACCCUGAACUGCUAACAAAUGAACAACUUGUAUACAUAAUACAGCAGAGGCAUUUGCGUGUUCCUGAGAUCGAGGGGAUGGCUAGGGACGACUUAUUAGAAUUGUUUCAUAGAUUCUGCGUGCCGUACGGGCAAAGAAAGUACAAAGAUAGCGGACGAGGGAAAGUACUGAAUAAAACUCGCCGUAUGAGCCCGGAACGUAUUCCGAAGCUCAACACAAUAGAUGUUAGUCAAAAUAGAAAGUUUCACUCCAACCACGAUAGAGUAAAGCCCCCUCCCGACUUGUUAUCAGGACAUAUGAAAAGAAUAAGGUUAGACAAGGUAUCAGAGAAGAAUAAUGGUGUAAAUGGUACUAAAAGAAAAAUGUCUAUUGACGCAGUGACCCCCGCAAUCAGUAGUCCUCCGCUUAAAAAAGGAAGAAAACCCAUAACUUGGCCAUGAAUUCAGCUUACAUAAUACCAAAUUGAAUCGUCAACAUCUUUAGUCUUCAUCUCCCUUAAAAUAUCUGAUAUUUUGGCCCAUUAUGUUAGGGCUAUUGUGACUGUUAUGAGAAAAAGAUAAAACUUAUUUUACGUUAUUAAUAACGGAAUAUGCAAGACUCUCUUGGUCACAAUUACGUACCUAGUCGCAAUUUAGGGAAUUCCCUGUACCAUAAGGUUAAGGACAUUAACUGGGGCAAAUAUUCCUGCCCAUGUCAUCAUCAGCCUAUCGCAGUCCACUGCUGGACAUUUGCCUCUCCCGAUGUGAGUCUUUCGCCCGGUCCUCAGUUUGUCGCAUGCUGCUAGCAGCCUAUCGCAGAUCAUCACUCCAUGUAGCCAAAGGACGCCCUACACUAGGUUUGCCAAACUGUUUCCCCUAUCGAUGCUUCGACAGAUAUGGCCAGCCCGGUGCCACUUCAGCUUGCUUAUUUUACCACCACCACUGCCACCCCCAUCCUGCACAGAGUUAUUACCGUUUAGAGCGAUCUAUUUAAAUCUAUUUAUUGAAAUUCAAAUCUGAUAAAUUAUUAAAAGUCAUGGAAUGAAAGUUGUUGUUUAUGAUAAUUAUUAUGUAUUAUUAUAUUAUAUUAGUAUAUUAUAUUACACAACAUAAUAAUAAUAAUAUUGAAAAUAACUAGGUGUUAUAGAUUAAGAAGACCUAAUUAAUAUUUUCUGCUUU